AAUGAAACUCGUAAAUUGGUGAACGGGAAUGGUGCUGCGAUGACCGAGCCAAGAACUAUAAUCAACAGUUAUGUAAAUUCGUCAGAUAUUAGUUCGUCUGUUAACAAGGUAGUACGCGACGAGCAGCUCAAUGGUGUCAAGGAGCUCAGUCAGUCACCAUCUGCUACGAAACGGCAGUAUAACUCAUCAUUUGGUAAUGCCAAUUUUUUGAGAAAUUUCUGA